AUUGGUGUGCUGAUUCACGAUUCACACAAACUACAUAAUACGCUCGGUGGCGCUUGCUCUGUUCCUAGUUCGAGAAUGCCGCCUAAGUUCAAGAGAGGGAGUGCGGAGGACCGAGACAGGGUAGGCCGUGUAACUACUGCCGUCGUUUGGGGCUAGAGUACGACACGUCAAUGCUUCAAUUGUGCCGUUUCUUUAGGUCCAUCUUCUAGGACUCUACUCUUCAGACGAAGAAGAGGAGGAAAUUUUUCUCAACAUGACUCCAAAUGGUCCCCACCAAUCUUCUAGGGUGAACCACCAACCAGUGAGAACGGAGCACGGCAACGAGAAGAUCAAACAAGUGCAACGGCAAGUCCAGGGAGUGAUGGGGGUCAUGAAAGACAACAUCUCUAAGGUUCUGGAGAGAGGAGAGAAGCUUACUGACCUUCAGGACAAGUCAGAGGAGUUGGUGGGCAGUGCCACUACCUUCAGAGUUACAUCCAGACGGAUGGCAAGAAAGGCCUGGUGGCAGCAGUUCAGGAUAAAGCUCUUUAUUGUUGCUCUGGUGCUGAUUUUGGUCUCAGUCAUAAUCAUUGUGAUUGUCCUCCGUUCAAGACCAAGCUCUUAAAACACUUCCUCCUUCCUCCUCCUUCCUCACUCUGUUUUGUAUUAUAUAUACUACGUGCACUCAAACACUAUGUGUGGGUUUAACAGUACACAGCCCAGCCGGAUACUGCACAAGAAGAGAAAGCAGAUCAUUUUAAGUCAUCCCUCCCUGUCUCCUUAAACUGGUGUACUAUUGAUUGUGGAUACAUACAAAGCUAUUGGCAUUAAAUCUGAAAAUAUACGUUACUCAAAUAUGUUACCAGUGCUAGGUAUUA